AAGCAAAUGAAAGAGAUCGAGUCUCAACUACCUCCAAUCUAAUCCCAGCUGACGCCAAAUGAUCUUGGAACAACCCAAUCCCUUCCUCCCUUCUCUCCCCCUCUCUCUCAUGACAGCAAGCUCUUAUAUCCCGGGUCUAGAACAGCCAAAGCACCAACUCGUGGAAUACUGCUCUAUUUCCGUGCAUACACCUCACGGAAGAAUUCGGAAGACAUGGCAAACGAGCAAGCGACUUCCACCGGGAUUCACUACAUUUCAAGCUGUGUAGUUCGACCGUCAUCCCAUAACAAAGAAGCAGCAAGAGAGCAAGGGUGGCGCCAGCGGCAGCGGCUAAUCCAUCUCACUCCUUGGGAUCUCCGGUUGCUCUCCAUAGAUUACAUCCAGAAAGGCAUUCUCCUUCCCAAACCCCCAACCCCCGUCAUUCCCGGCCUCAUAUCCUCCCUCUCUCUCGUCCUCGACCACUUCUAUCCCCUCGCCGGCCGUCUCGCCACCAUCAACCACGACAUCACGCCGCCAUCUCUCUCGGUCGCCAUCGAAUGCAACGACGAAGGAGUUGAAUUCAUCCAUGCCGCCGCCCCAAGCAUAACCACGGCUGACAUCUUGACCCCUCGCUUUAUUCCCAGCAUCACCCAGUCUUUCUUCCCCUUGAAUGGAGCAAUCAACCACGACGGUCACUCCCUCCCCCUCCUCGCCGUCCGCGUCACAGAGCUGGCCGAUGGCAUCUUCAUCGGCUGCGCUCUCAACCAUGCGGUCGCCGAUGGCACCUCCUUCUGGCACUUCCUCAACUCGUGGUCGGAGAUCUCGCGAACCGGCUGCCGCGUCCCACAGAUUUCUAGGCCGCCAAUGCUGAACCGCUGGUUCCACGACUCAUGCUCCCCUCCCAUCCAUCUACCUGUUUAUAAGCGCGAAGACUUCAUUAAGAUAUAUCCUUCAUCCCAGCUCAGUGAAGCUUUCUUCCAAUUCUCGGCGCAAACUAUCGCGAAGCUCAAACUCAGAGCCAACAUGGAAAUGAACACGGAUCGCAUAUCUUCACUUCAAGCACUGCUAGCUCUCGUCUGGCGAUCCGUGCUUCGUGCUCAAAGGCUUCCACCUAACGAGAAAACUAGCUAUCGCGUGACAGUAAACUAUCGACCGAGGUUAGAGCCACCAUUGCCGGGCGGAUAUUUUGGAAACACCAUUAUAGGGGUUCCAACGACAGCCUCCGCAGGGGAGGUGCUGCACCGGGGUUUGGGAUGGGCAGCAUCGUUAUUGAACCAGAUGGUGGCCUCCCAGACCAAUGACAUCAUUCAGAAUUGGCUGGAAUCAUGGAGUCAGAAUCCCACCUUUCUAUAUUUUAAGGAAACGAAGCUUGGUACCAUAGUCACAGGUAGCUCGCCGAGGUUUGAUGUCUAUGGGAAUGACUUUGGAUGGGGGAGACCGAUUGCAGUCCGAAGUGGUGGUUCAAACAAGGUGGAUGGAACCAUAUCCGUCUUUCCUGGGAGUGAAGAAGGGAGUAUGGCUUUGGAUGCGUGCCUUUCAUCCCAUGCAAUGAAUUUAUUGCUUGAGGACAAGGAGUUCAUGGAAAAUGUUACCUAAAUAUUAAUUACAUGUUCUUGAUAAGAAAAGUUAGUCAGGAUAUUGUAUGUUACGUUGUUUGCAAAGAACAAGUGGAGAUCAUGGAGCACCUUUGAAUAAUUUCAGGAAUUUGCAAACAUUUCUGAUAAGUAUUAUUGACUAAUAUAUUGUAAAGUGUAAGGUCUGCCACAUGGUUUUUUAUUGUUCUAAAA